AUGGAAUUUAAUGCGCAAAAAAGUGUGUUUGAGUUAGUUAGAUUAGCUUUCCCUUAAGAGACAGAAGAAAGUACAUUAAUAAAUUACAAGACAUAUUUAUAUAGGAUUUUGAAUCUAAAAACAAAAUAUUCUGAAAUAGAUGAAAUGAUAAUUGAGAAAGAAAUAAAUGGAAUAGAUGAUGUAAAUGUAAAAUAAUAUGAAAAUAGAAAGUAUUGUAAAAUAGAUUAAGAGAAUGUAUUACAAAAUUGCAAAAAUCAAAAAUUCAAAAAAAUUAAGAAAUAAUUCAUUUUCUAAUUAGAGUAAGUUAAUUGGGAAGAUCAGAAAUAUUUAAUAAUAGUCAAAUAAAGCCAAUAUUUGAAAAUUCAAAUCAUCUAAAAUAAUCAAUAGAUAUUGAGAAUUAAUAGACAACAAAUUAAACAAUAAAUAAGAUAGAAAAUAAUAGUCUAAUAAAAAGUAUGAUAAUAGAAAAAUAAUAAGUAAAAAGUGAUAUAAAUUUAGAAUAGUAUUGUUUAAGAGAUAAAUGAGAGAGAUUUGAUGAAAGAUUUAUUAUUUUGUUUAUAAGGAAUAGAGGGUUAAUAUAUAUAAUUUGAUGCAUCAUCAGAUUCGUUUUGUUUAAGAAAAGAUGUUAAUGUAUCAAUAUCAAUAAGAUAAUUGGUAAAUUUGAUUUCUGAAUGUGGAUGGUUAUACAAGAAGAUUUCAUAAUUUUGUUAAAUACAAUAAUCAAAUUUAAUAGUUUAGGCACUUUAAAAUGUAAUUAAAUUAGAAUUAUCUGAAUAUUAUAAAUUGAUAGCAAAUUUAGAAGGAUUAAUCUUAUCGUCAUAAUGUAAAAAUAUAAAUAUAUAUAUUAUUUAGUGAUUACUUUUAAAAGGAUACAUUUUCAUCUUUAAUCAUCUUAUGAUUAUAUGUUAUUCAUAAAUUAAUUACUUUCCAUAAUAUAAACAAGUACUCCUCUUGGAACUACUUCAUCUUUAAUAAUUAAUGUUUUGGAAUAAUUUUCAAAACAUGGAUGUUCUAAAACAGCAGAACUUUUUAUGCGUUUAUAAUAAGCAAGUUGUUAACCAUUAAUGAAAUAUAUAAAUGAAUGGAUGUUUGAAGGUAAUCUUCUAGAUAUAGCAAAUGAAUUCUUUAUAGAAAGAGAUGAUUAAAAGCUUUUAACAAAAGAUUAAGGAGAGUUAUGGAGAAAAUAAUAUAGAAUUAAUUAUGAUAAAGUACCAGUUGUAAUUUCUUAUGAUGAAGCAUAUAAAAUUUAUGAUACAGGUAGGGCUAUAAAUUGGUUGAGAAAAUAAUGUGAUAACAAAAAUUGGUAUUUAGAUAUCUAACCAUUAACUAUUAAUAUGCUUUAAACAGAUGAAUUGUCUUAGUUAAUUAAUUAAGCAAAUAAAAAUACAAAUUAAUAGCUUGUUAAUUUAUUAUUUGAUAAAUUUAAAUUAAUGGAACAUUUUAAUAUUAUGAAAUAAUAUUUUUUAUUGGGAAAUGGAAAUUUCUCUUAAUUAUUAAUUGAAACCCUUUAUUCAGAAUUAUCAAAAAAUGCACAUUUAGUUUAUAAACAUACCUUAACUGGUUUACUUGAAUCUACUCUUAGAUUCAGUAAUGCAAAUUAAACAAUUCAAUAGAGAUUUUCAGUCAAAUUAUUAGAGGCAUAAAAAAAUGAUAUAGGUUGGGAUAUUUUUUGUUUAGAUUAUGAUUUUGAAGAACCACUUAAAACUAUUUUUAAUCAUAGAGCUAUGUUGAAUUAUUAUAAAAUUUUUAAUUAUUUAUGGCGUAUAAAACGAGUUGAAUAUACACUUAUAUAAUCAUGGAUGUAAUAGAUUAAAAAUAAAUAUCAUUUAAAUGCUAAACCAAAUGUAAAUAAGGCUUUGAAUUUAAGUUUGUAAAUAAUGAAUUCAAUGAUUCAUUUUAUAAAGAAUUUCUUUAGUUAUCUAAUGUUUGAUGCAAUUGAAACACCUUGGAAAAAAUUUAUGGAUUAAAUUAAUUCAAUAGAAAAUUUAGAUCAUCUUAUUUAAUUACAUGAAUAGUUAUUGAACGAUAUUAUUGAUAAAACAUUUUUACAUCAAAAAUAAGAAGAAAUUCAGAUGGUUUUAUUGAAAUUAUUUGAAAUUUCAUUUAGAUAUAAACAAAAUUUAGAACAUCUAUUUUUGUAUGUAAGAGAAUUAGUUGCAUAAGAUAGAAGUGAUAAAUUUGAAUAAUCAUUAGAUUCAAUUAUAUCAUCAAAAAUUACUCCCAAUUAUAAUCAUAAUAUUGAUACUUAAUUUAAAGGAUAAGAAAUUAUUAAAUUAUUGUUAUAAUUGAGAUAAAUGUAUAGAGAAUAAAUGUUAGAAUUAAUCAGACAUUUACAAAAUUAAGAUAAAUUAAAAUUUUUGUUAUUUAAAAUAGAUUUUAAUGAAUACUAUUACUUAUUAUCAUAAGAAAAAUUAUUUUCUUUAGGAUUUGAUAAGUAAUUUUUUAUAUUAUCUUAAAAGGUUUUUAUAAUAGUGUAUUCCUAUUUAGCUAAAAGAAACUGGCAGUUAAAAAAUUAUAACUGAAUAACCUUAACCUUAAUAAUAAAAGCAUUUAGUUCCCUAAUUCAGUUAAAAAUCAAUGACUUCUAUCUAAUAAGAUUAUAUUUAAAUAAAAGAAGGAAGUAUUUAUUUAUAUCAUAUCAUAAGUAAAACUGUUAGAAGAAUAAAAGAGAUAAAAAGAAUAAUAAUAAAAAUAAUUUUAAUUAUCUAAAUAAAGAGAAGCUGCAUAAGAAAUAUAAAAGCCUAUGUCUAGACCACCUUUGCCUAUUCCAUAACCAUAAUAACAUUUAAUUACAAUGAGUCCUAUUAAUAAAUAAUCUGCUACAUCAUCUGUUUCCUCUAGUAAUAUAUUCUAGCCUUAACCUUUAUAGAGUUUUUAAUAAUAAUUUGAAUAAUAAAUCUUAUAAUAAUAAUAAAUAAAUCAAAAGCUUUUAUAAUUACAAUAAUAAUAAUAAUAAAUUCAAUAAUAACAAUAAUUUUAAUUGUAACCUUAAACAAAAUCAUAAUUACCACCAAAAUUUAUUACUUCCCCUUCCCAAAUGUAUUAAAUCGUAUAAUCAUAUCAACCAAAUUUUAAUAAUUCUGUACCAUUUUCAUAAAAUUAAAGCCAAUCUUAGAUCAGUAUUUUAUAACCUAAUAAAAAUGAUUUGUCACUCUCAUAAGAUGAGAAUCUCCAAUAAUUAAUGGAUAAAUAAUUUAAUGUUGAUGAUGAUAGUAGUGAUGAAGAUUUAAUUUGA